AUCUAUGCAUGCAUUAUACCACGAAAUAUUAUUGAUAAUAUUAAGCUCUAUAUGAACGCAAGAAGAACGAUUAUGAAUUUAAAAUACAAUCUCAUGUAUAUGAAAUGAAGUGAAACGGAAAAAAGAGUUAGCAAUCUAAGUACUUAUGUACAAGUUCAUGGCUGUGACACGUGGCUUCUUUCAGCUUGGUAUUUAAAUUCGUAUGCACAGCUGACGAGUGUGCAGUAGUUGAUAAAACAACGGAUGUUGCAUACGGAGAGAAAGUUAUAUGGAUAAACGUUAACGUCAAUUAUGUACACCAUUACCUGCAUUGCACCAGUCAAUAUCGCAGUUAUUAAAUACUGGGGGAAAAGAGACGAAUCCUUAAUUUUACCAACCAAUGACUCCAUAAGUAUCACUUUAGAUACAGAUCAGCUGCAUGCAAAAACUACUGUUAAAAUCAGUCCUGACUUCAAAGAAGAUUGUAUUUGGCUGAAUGGACGAAAAGAAGAUAUACAAAAUAUAAGAUUGCAAAAUUGUUUAAAAGAAAUUAAAAAACGUUCACAGUUACCUGAUUACACAAACAAUUGGAAAGUUCAUAUAUGUUCAAAGAAUAAUUUUCCAACCGCUGCUGGUUUAGCUUCCAGUGCUGCAGGAUAUGCGUGUCUUACAGCAGCACUAGCCAAACUUUACAAAGUAGAAGGAGAUAUUAGUGUCAUAGCUCGUUCCGGUUCUGGAUCAGCAUGUCGCAGUGUUAUGGGCGGUUUUGUGAGAUGGCAUAUGGGCUCAGACAAGAAUGGAACAGACAGUUUAGCAAAACAAAUAGCACCAGCAUCUCAUUGGCCUGAAAUGAGGAUUCUAGUGCUAGUAGUUAGCGAUGAACAAAAAAUUCCAAGUGCAAUAGGUAUGAAACGAAGUAUAGAAACAUCUGAACUUCUACAACAUAGAAUAACAUAUACAGUUCCAAAAAGAGCUAAUAAAAUGCAACAGGCAAUCAUUGAGAAGGAUUUCAAAAGUUUUGCUGAACUCACUAUGAAGGAUUCUAAUCAGUUUCAUGCUGUAUGUCUUGAUACAUAUCCUCCAUGUAUUUAUAUGAAUAGCAUUUCUAACGCUAUCAUGAGUCUCAUACAUUCUUAUAAUGAUGCAGUUAACGAUGUAAAAGUUGCCUAUACUUAUGACGCUGGCCCAAAUGCUACAUUAUAUUUAUUAGAGAAAGAUAUACCAGAAGUAGUGGGCAUUCUUGAUCACUUUUUUCCUCCUCCUGAAAAUAUUGUAAACGUUGAAUACAAAAGAGGAUUACCUAUUGAAGGGAUCAAACCUUUGCAAAAUCUUUUGAAGAAACUAAAGUUUCAAAAGAAUCCACCAGGACAGCUUAAAUAUAUGAUACAUACUAAAGUGGGAAAUGGGCCUAAAUAUCUCAAUGAUCCGCAGGAUCAUUUAUUAGAUGAUCAUGGUAAUCCUAUUAAUUGUGUAUCCAUUCUUGAUCAAUGACAUUUUAUUUAUUUUAUUUAUUUUAUUAUUUACUAUUCCAAAUAUAUAUAAAAAUAAAUAACUUUUAACUUCAUCAAUCUUGUUAUUUUCACUUUUCCUUUCCUUCUAUAUUCUUAAAAAUGUAAUCACAAUAAUAUUCUUCACUUAUGUCAUUUAUUCGCAUGUAUAAUAUAAUCUAAUAUAAUCUUUGGGAUUAUCACACGCAAAAUGGCAUAGCUGUAAAUGUAUAAGUAUAAGCUGGAUGCUUCGUCCUUUAUAUACUAGCCUGUGUGACUCAGCGGUCAUUUUUAUUAAAAGGAGAAGAAGAAGAAAGAACCUUUUAAAGAUCCUUAAACUAGCAUUUUAACCUCAUUUAAUCUUUAUAUGUGAUCGAAUUUUAGUUGAGGAUACAAUACAUAAAGCAAAAUUAAUCGCUUCUUGGCUUAUACCUAGAGACAAAAUAAAAAUUUUCUCCUGUCUCUAGAUUUUAUUGUAAAAUAUUACCUAAAUAUUAACUAAUUUAUAAAGUAGAAUUAAGAUUGUCCUUGUAUAAUUUGUACUUGUAAAUACAUUUUUUCAAAAUAUGUGACGAAGCAACAUUUCAAUUAUGCAUAGAUCAUUCUAAAAUACUAAUCAUGUGCAUAAUAUGUGAUUAUAACUGCAAAUUAUGAUUAUGUAUUUAAUCUGUAGUUAGAUAUCAUAUUUGAUAUACAA